GGAAAAUAUAAAGAAAAGAUAGUCCUUGCUUGGUCACUAAUUCAAAAAUCAAGUUGAAAAAUUCGUGAGAUUGGGGAUGAAAUCUGAUCGGAUCUUGCUUUCUAAGCUGUGGAUUUUUUGUGGGUAGUAUUUCAACACAAAUAGGUUCUUCACUUCUGUCCUAAAACACACCCCACAGAUACUCAAUCAAGCCUAUUUUCUUCCUCUUCACCUUAUUCUGCCUUCUUCGUUUACUCUCUAUUAUUUGGAUCUCUUUAUCAGUGAGAUGGGCAUGGCAGCAGAAGCUCAGUUUCAUGUCUUAGCAGUUGAUGAUAGCAUCAUAGACAGAAAACUGAUUGAGAGGCUCCUGAAGAACUCAUCUUAUCAUGUUACUACAGUGGAUUCGGGGAGCAAAGCUUUAGAGUUUCUGGGUUUACAUGAGGAUAACCAGAGAAACUCAAACCCACCUUCUGUUAUUUCACAUAAUCAGGAAAUGGAAAUAAAUCUCAUCAUAACAGACUACUGUAUGCCUGGAAUGACAGGCUAUGAUUUGCUCAAAAGAAUCAAGGAAUCUUCAUCCUUGAAAAACAUUCCAGUUGUCAUCAUGUCCUCUGAGAAUGUACCAUCUAGGAUUAGCAGAUGCUUAGAAGAUGGAGCAGAGGAAUUCUUUCUUAAACCAGUACAGUUAUCAGAUAUGAAAAAGCUUCGACCCCAUCUUCUUAAGGGGAAGUUUAUGGAGCGACAACACCAUAAACAAUCACAACAACAACCCAACAACAAGAGAAAGGCCAUGGAAGAAGGCCUCUCAGGUGGCCUUUCACCUGAAAGAACCAGGCCAAGAUACACUAAGUGUAGUGAGACAUAG